CCGCUCCGGCUUGGCCGGCUCCCUGCCUGCCGGCUCUCCCUGCAGCCGCCCCUGGUCCAGGCCAUCUUUAGCCGAGAUGUGGAGGAAGUGCGUUCCCUCCUCUCCCAGAAGGAGAACAUCAAUGUGCUGGACCAAGAGAGGCGAACCCCAUUGCAUGCUGCUGCCUACGUAGGCGAUGUCCCCAUUCUCCAGUUGCUACUGAUGUCAGGUGCUAAUGUCAAUGCUAAGGACACACUGUGGCUGACCCCUCUUCAUCGUGCUGCUGCCUCCCGAAACGAGAAGGUGCUGGGGCUGCUGCUGGCACAUUCAGCAGACGUGAAUGCCCGGGACAAGCUGUGGCAGACACCACUGCAUGUGGCUGCUGCCAACCGGGCCACUAAGUGUGCUGAGGCUCUGGCACCCCUGCUGAGCAGCCUCAACGUGGCUGACAGGAGCGGGCGCAGUGCUCUGCACCACGCAGUGCAUAGCGGGCAUCUUGAGACGGUGAACCUGCUCCUCAACAAGGGAGCCAGCCUGAAUGUCUGUGACAAAAAGGAGCGGCAGCCUCUGCACUGGGCAGCUUUUCUAGGGCAUUUGGAGGUCCUGAAACUGCUGGUAGCACGGGGAGCAGACCUUGGCUGUAAGGACCGCAAGGGCUACGGGCUGCUCCACACAGCUGCUGCCAGUGGCCAGAUCGAGGUGGUGAAGUACCUGCUCCGGAUGGGGGCUGAGAUUGAUGAGCCCAACGCUUUUGGAAACACAGCUUUGCACAUCGCCUGCUACCUGGGCCAGGAUGCUGUGGCUAUUGAGCUGGUGAAUGCAGGAGCCAAUGUCAACCAGCCGAAUGACAAGGGCUUCACGCCACUGCACGUGGCUGCAGUCUCCACCAAUGGCGCGCUCUGCUUGGAGCUGUUGGUCAAUAACGGGGCCGAUGUCAACUACCAGAGCAAAGAAGGGAAGAGUCCUCUGCACAUGGCUGCGAUCCAUGGUCGUUUCACGCGCUCCCAGAUCCUCAUCCAGAAUGGCAGUGAGAUCGAUUGUGCCGACAAAUUUGGAAACACGCCACUGCAUGUGGCUGCUCGCUAUGGACACGAGUUGCUCAUCAGCACCCUCAUGACCAAUGGCGCGGAUACCGCCCGGCGCGGCAUCCAUGACAUGUUCCCCCUGCACUUAGCUGUUCUCUUUGGAUUCUCCGACUGUUGUCGUAAGCUCCUUUCCUCAGGUCAGCUGUACAGCAUUGUAUCUUCACUCAGCAACGAGCAUGUGCUUUCUGCUGGGUUUGACAUCAAUACCCCCGACAACCUUGGCCGCACCUGUCUUCAUGCUGCUGCUUCUGGAGGGAAUGUUGAAUGUCUUAAUUUGCUUUUGAGCAGUGGAGCUGACUUGAGGAGGAGAGACAAAUUUGGAAGGACCGCACUGCACUAUGCAGCCGCCAACGGUAGCUACCAGUGUGCGGUAACGCUGGUGACUGCUGGGGCAGGGGUCAACGAGGCUGACUGUAAAGGCUGCUCUCCCCUCCACUAUGCUGCCGCCUCUGACACAUACCGGAGAGCGGAACCCCACACAGCUUCCAGCCACGAUGCUGAAGAGGACGAGCCACUGAAGGAGUCUCGCAGGAAGGAGGCCUUCUUCUGUCUGGAGUUCUUACUGGAUAACGGUGCAGACCCCUCCCUGCGGGACAGGCAGGGCUACACAGCCGUGCACUAUGCAGCCGCCUAUGGCAACAGACAGAACCUCGAACUGCUCUUAGAAAUGUCCUUUAACUGCCUGGAGGAUGUGGAGAGCACCAUUCCAGUCAGCCCUUUGCACUUAGCUGCCUAUAACGGUCACUGUGAAGCCCUGAAGACACUGGCCGAGACGCUGGUGAAUCUGGAUGUAAGGGACCACAAGGGCCGGACUGCGCUCUUCCUGGCCACUGAGCGAGGCUCUACUGAGUGUGUGGAGGUGCUUACGGCCCACGGUGCCUCUGCCCUCAUCAAAGAGCGUAAGCGCAAGUGGACACCCCUGCACGCUGCUGCUGCCUCUGGCCACACUGAUUCCCUGCACUUGCUGAUUGACAGUGGGGAACGAGCUGACAUCACAGAUGUCAUGGAUGCCUAUGGACAAACUCCACUGAUGCUGGCUAUCAUGAAUGGCCACGUGGACUGUGUACAUCUGCUGCUAGAGAAAGGAUCCACAGCUGAUGCUGCUGACCUCCGGGGCCGCACCGCCCUCCACCGUGGGGCAGUGACCGGCUGUGAGGACUGCCUGGCUGCCCUGCUGGACCAUGACGCAUUUGUGCUGUGCCGAGACUUUAAGGGCCGCACACCUAUUCACCUGGCCUCGGCCUGUGGCCACACUGCAGUACUAAGGACCCUGCUGCAGGCUGCCCUUUCCACAGACCCCCUGGACGCUGGGGUGGAUUACAGCGGAUACUCGCCCAUGCACUGGGCCUCCUACACUGGACAUGAAGAUUGUCUGGAGUUGUUACUUGAACACAGCCCAUUUUCAUACCUGGAAGGAAAUCCCUUCACUCCUUUGCACUGUGCAGUAAUUAAUAACCAGGACAGCACCACAGAGAUGCUGCUGGGAGCUCUGGGUGCCAAGAUUGUGAACAGCCGAGAUGCCAAAGGACGGACCCCCCUUCACGCCGCUGCCUUCGCGGACAAUGUCUCUGGGCUCCGGAUGCUGCUGCAGCACCAAGCCGAGGUGAACGCCACUGACCACACUGGCCGCACUGCGCUCAUGACGGCGGCUGAGAACGGGCAGACCGCUGCUGUGGAGUUUCUGCUGUAUCGAGGGAAGGCAGACCUUACUGUGCUGGAUGAGAACAAGAACACUGCCCUCCACUUGGCUUGUAGCAAGGGCCAUGAGAAAUGUGCCCUCAUGAUCCUGGCAGAAACCCAAGACCUUGGCCUUAUCAAUGCCACCAACAGUGCGUUGCAGAUGCCACUCCACAUUGCUGCCCGGAAUGGUCUAGCCUCUGUGGUGCAGGCCCUGCUGAGUCGCGGGGCCACAGUGCUGGCUGUGGAUGAAGAAGGUCACACCCCAGCAUUGGCCUGCGCCCCCAACAAAGACGUGGCAGACUGCCUGGCCUUGAUCCUUUCCACCAUGAAGCCUUUCCCACCCAAGGACGCCGUCAGUCCUUUCAGCUUCAGCCUGCUCAAGAACUGCGGCAUUGCAGCCGCCAAGACGGUGGGUGGCUGCGGCGCCCUGCCCCAUGGGGCCUCCUGCCCCUACAACCAGGAGCGGCACGGCGCCAUCGGGUUAGAUGGCUGCUACUCGGAGUAGCCCCUCCAGUGUCCCUCUCCCUGCCGGUGGCUUGAUAUCUUAUUCUAUUUAUUUAGAAAAAGUCUAAACAUUUAGGGCACUUUAAAGGAGAACAUGACUGGGUGGAGGGGCAGAGGGGGACAAAGAAGCACUGGGGAGCAGCUGCUCAUCCCUUUGCCACACCAUCCUGGCCUGGCAGGGGUCUGGGACUGACAGGGAGCACCCCAGGCCCUUGGUCCCCCCAAGGGCACCCCCUUCUGCCAAGUGUCCCAGAAUGAUUGCUAAAUGCCUGGCUCCCCCUCCCUUUGCCUCCAUCUCUCAGUUCCCCCUUUCUGCUGCCAGCUCCCCCAACUCUUCCUUCUGACUCUCCUUGCUGUAUCCUUCUCCCGCCCCUACUGCCAGGCAGAUCCCGUUUUUCUUCCAUACCCAUCACUGCCUCCCUGCUCGGCUGGCCCCUCCAUCCCCGCAGCAGUGAGAAGCCUUAAUUUCUGGUACUGUGUGAGCACUCUGGGGGUGUCCCCCUCCCCCUUCAGGGGCAGCUAGAGGAUGAGGGGGGAGGGUAUUUAGCACUGGGGCCUGGAGCUUUUCCCCCACCUCUAUACCCUAUCACCCCUAAAAUUCAAAUGCAAAACACUUGAAGCAGCAACUACUGUACCUGGGCCCCAAUCCUGCACUCUCCCCUGGCUCCUCAUAUGCAAAUCAAGGGCUGGUUCUGCCCCCACAGCCUGCCCCCCCUGGCCUGGCCCCUAACCACGCACUUUAACCUUGCUUCUUUCUUUUAACUUCUUUUGGAGGGCAGAGCCUGCGGCCGUUCCCUCCCUGGCUCUCCUCUCCCUGAACUUUGAGGCUUGUCAUGAAUUUUUAAGUAAGCAU